GGAAAAUGGCGAGCGCGUCAGGUGCUGUGGGUUGGGAAGAUCUGCGGAAGCAAGCGAGACACUUAGAGAAUGAAAUUGAUGCAAAGCUUGUAGCAUUUAGUAAGAUCGGAAUAAACACUGCUCCCAAACAUGCCUCUGCAGACAGCGUUCCACUUUUGGAUGAGGAACAUGUAUUCGAGAAUAUGGCCUCAGAAAUCGAAGGUUUACUCACAAAGCUGUCGGAUAUCAAUGACAGCAUGAGUGAAAUUAAGCCGAAUGGUGCAGCCAUGUUGCAUACAAUGCAACGCCACAGAGAAAUAUUAAAGGAUUACAGACUCGAGUUCAAUAAAACUAGAAAUAAUUUUGCAGCGAGAAAAGACAGAGAAGACUUGCUCGGCAAUGUUCGCAAAGAAAUCGAUAGCUUCAAAAGUGCCCGUGGCCUAAACCGUAGAGAAAUGUAUUUGAAAGAAAAUCAUCAUAUCCACAGUUCGGACAGACUGAUUAACGACCAAAUCAGCAUAGCCGUUGAGACUCGAGAACAUUUGGUUACUCAAAGACAGGCAUUCAAGCGUAUUCAAACACGAUUUAAUGACAUCUCUAACCGAUUUCCAGCAGUGAAUAGUCUGCUACAGAGGAUAAAUUUACGCAAACGACGUGACUCUUUAAUCCUUGGCCUUUUAAUUGGAUUUUGCACCUUCCUUGUGCUUUUCUACGCUUUUCACUAAACUACACGUGCAUCCUUUCAGUACGUCCAUGUGAGUCUAUUUCUAUUGAAAUAAUCCUAUGGAAAUUCAUUUGACAUACAGUUAAAACUUAUUAAUCCAUGAUUGUACAUACAUCAUAGAUUUCUAAUCAGAAACUGAUUGUGAUUACGAAAUGAACUGUCAGUAUAUAACUACAACGGUUCAAUAACUUGACUGUGUAUUAAAUAUUAAUAAGAGGAUCGAGUAAAAAAAUUGCCCAAGUUAAUUAAUAUUAUACAGGUAUGUAAGUCUUUCAAUGUACAAAAUGAUUUUUUUUUUUUCAAUUUUUAAACAGUUUCAUUUUCGUUAAACUGUACUGUGUGUCUGUAUGAUAAAAAAAAAAAAGAACAUUAAGGAGUUCUAAUAUACAUUUCUUUGCGAAUAGAUCUAAAAGGUAUAAGCGAUUUUCAGAUUUACGAAAAUUUCACAAUAUCAUUAGAACAGCGAAGAGAGAUUUGAAGAAAGAAAGGAAAAUAGUAAUACAGAUUAUAUAUAAUAUAGAAUGUUUUAUACGAGACCGCACCUUGAUUGUAGACUACGGAUUGUAAAUACCCGAAGCGACGACGGUUCGGAGUUGUUGGGUUAUUUUAAUAAAUAAUACAAAAAAUGCCCAAA